CGGAAUUAUCAUGAGCGAGUGAAGCACAUGAAAAACAGAAUAUCGAGGAACUUCUUUCAAAACUGAUUUCCAUUUUAUUUGACAUUUUAAUUAGCGAAAGUCAACUGAACUCUACCUGAACGGGUGAGGAAGAAAAAACCUCUGGUAACUUGAUCCAUGGGACAUGAGCAUCAUGUCAGCGGUUCAGCCAAUGCCCUGCCCGGUGCUCUUGGGCACUGUGAAAAGUGGAGGUUUACCAGCCCUCCUACACAGAUACACAAUUGAGAAAAAAGUAGCAAAAGUGGAGAAAGUCCUCAAAAAAGGUGUGAGAGUUGACAGCAUGAACCACCUUGGACAGACACCACUCUUUUGUGCAUCUCUCCUCGGCUUUGUCAGUGUAGCAGAGAAACUUCUGCAGUAUGGAGCAAACCCAAAUCACCGCUGUAAUGAUGGAAGUACCCCCAUCCAUGCUGCAGUUUUCUCUUGUAAUCCCUGGCUCCUGAGUUCACUGCUGGAUGCUGGCGGGGACCUGCGUCUACAUGACGAUCAGGGCCGGACUCCGAAGGACUGGGCCGAGGCAGGUGCUCAGGAGAACAGCCCGAAGAUGCUUGCUUUUCUGAAGAGAUGCGAGUCUCAAAUGCAGAGGCUGUUGCAGACGCAUCUGUCUAGGGAUGCACAUUCCACCCCUACCUCCUCAAAGACUCUCCUGAACUCUCCAUCCCUGCUCAAGCGCUUGUCUCCUUGGGGAUAUGAGCUCAGUCAUGAAAACAAAACAAGUUAUAAGAUGUCUGCCUGUGAUAUGAUGAUGAUGCAGUGUUUUGGCUAUGGAAAGUUAUGCUUUGAGAAGCCUGGGUUGAGUCUGGGAUUGGCUGCUUCUGUGCCCUUGAUAUGUGACAGUGACUUAGGUCAAGCUAAUGAUGAGUCCCUCAAUUCGUUUAUGUGUGGAUCUUUCAUACGUAUGACCAAUUACAGUUGGAAAGGAUGUCGUGUCACUGUUAAAGAGCUACAUGAUCAGAUUUUGCAACAAUGUGAAGAAAAAGAUGGUCUUCUGGAUCUACUCAUUUCUGAGCAGGAGUAUUGCUGUCAGCUGUCUCACCCGCACCUGCUGCUACUGAUGGCUGUGAGUAUGUCCGCUGGCCUGGGCAGCACAAAGCUGGUCUAUGAGAGGGUGAAUGUAGGGUCCCUGUACAGUCUGCUGCACCAAAGGCGGGAUGAGUUUCCUCUACUACAGCUGGUUGACCUGUUAUCAGUGGUGCUACAGGUGUGUGAGGUGUUAAUGUACUUGCAUGGCCGAUCUCUGGUGCUCCGGGCCCUUUCUUCACACACUGUACUCAUAGUACACCCUGGAGUUGCCAAGGUUACAGGCCUCGGGUUCAUGGUGCCCAGUGAGGGAACAUGCCCCUACACCCCGCCUCCUGUUCCUGUGCCUCUCAGCCUGAUCAACUGGGCAGCUCCGGAAGUGAUUAGAGGUAGAGCGUGUACAGGAAAAGCUGAUCUCUAUAGUGUGUGCGCCCUUAUACAGGAGAUCUAUACAGAUGCUGUGCCAUGGGGCCCCACGGACCAACGCUGGAUAAAACGGUCAGUAGAGGCCGGUCAGGCUCUGGUAGCACACCCUGCCGUGCCUGAGCCUUAUUACCAGUUCCUGCAGACGGGCCUCCAGCACAGAGCCCAGCACAGGACCAGCAGCCUGCACGAUCUGUGCUACAAUCUACGUUGUUAUAUCAGAGAGAUAGGAAGCGAGAAUAAGAGAAGUGGAUGGAACUAUUGGUCGGCUCUUCAGUGCAUCCCUGGAUGGAACACUGACAUUAAUCAGGAGAGAAAGCAAGACGACGCUGUAUAUCAGUAUAACUGCAGGACUGCAGUACACAAUGAGAUCCAGAAACAUAAACUAGAAAGAAUCUACACAGAAGAAGAAAAGUCCACCACAGACACUGAUGACCUCCACUGGGAUAUCUCGCAUCGUGACAUCACUCCUUUGCAUGAAUGGCCUAUUACCCAUCAUGCUCCACCCUCUGAACAAUCUUGUUCUAACUAUAUUGAUACAGACAAGGCUCUGGAAAUCAGUCGCUCUAUCUCAAAGCAUACUGGCUCCAUUGUUCUCAACCUUAAAGUGUCUCAGGUUCUUCUACAGCAAGCUGAGCAGAGUCUGGAUAAUGUGGAGAUGACUCGAUUGAGCACCCCAUGCUUCGACGAGGUGGAUGCAAUGGUGAACAGGGUAAACAUGGAAAAAGAGUGCAGUGAUGGUGUUGGAAAGGCUUUGGGACCACCAUCCAAAAAUUAUAUACCCAAGUGGACCAUUAAUGCAGAUGAGGAGGUCAGUCAGUACAGCUCAGCUCAAGAUGAGAGCUUUGAGAGCACAUCCUAUUCAAGUAGUGUACAGGAGGAGAAAAGUGACUUGAAGAGAGUUGAAGCAACAAAGAGAGGACAGCAGCAGACAGGACAUCAGAAGUCUGAGAGGUUAAAUGUGCAACUUGGGUUUUCGGAGACCCAGAAAGACAGCACACACCGAUCUCUCGCAGAACAUUUCCAAACAAAACCCACAUGGACCAGUGAGGUCAGUGAUAUGGUGGCCCUAAUGGCUCGUGGGCAUUUAGGGACAUUACUGGGUGCUGUGGGCAGCAGUGACAGUGAGGAUGUAGAGGAGCAACAGCUCCACCUACAGGACUGGCAGAGUCACAACAGCAGAUGCAGUGUGAACAGCUACCGGGAAUCUGAGACCCAGGAAAGCACUGAUCUGGAGCAACUGUUCAAGAGUUUUGCUGGUAUUCAGAGUGAUAGUGAGGAGAGCACAAACUACCACACUAUCAAUCACACUUAUGACGUGACCAAUGAAGUGCUGGAGGCUACAAGCCAAACUGAGGAUGAAGGAAGCUCAGAUAGUUCGGAUUAUACACAGACACCUUUUGAGCCAUCUAGCGUGUUCUACACACCCAAACACCACCUGUCCAAAAGUACAUCAUCUGGUGUAGAGCAUUCUCAGUCACUGAGCUCAGAGGAUGAGUUGGACGUCACAGUGGAGGUAUGUCGACCCAGCACUUCUCCGGCAGAGGAAAAACAAGAUGUAGAAAACAGUCUGAGUGAAUACCAGCUUGCUCAAGAGGACUCAAAGAAGUCUGAAUCCAUUACUCCUGUGCACAGUUGUUUGCCAGACCUCGCUGAGAUUGCAGACCUCUCCAGCAUAUCCUAUUCACCAGCCCAGCACCAAAAGUGGGUGGAGUCAGCUGAAGCCCCGCUUAUUCCUCACAUCAGAGGACAUCCACCCUGUAACAGCACCCCACGCAGCCCAAAAGGCCGUAGGACACUUCAAGAUGUGCAGGUUGGCACUGAGCCUCUCCCUCACCUCCAGAGCCUGUUGGACACAUCACCAUGGGGCAGUGCUCCAUCCCACACUGUCUGCCCAGAGAGUUACGCCACAGCCAGUGCAGGAGACAGCAGCACUACGAAUGCCUCUGUGUCUAGCGUCCUGCAGUCUCCAGCGAAAAGAGAAAUGUCUAAGGAGGAAACAGACUCUCCCUCCAGCGGUAAUGCAGAGUUUACCACUGCCAGCUCUGGAGCCAGACAGACCACUGAGACCAGUGAAGAGAUUGAGCAUCCUAUUGACAAGAAUAAUGAUGUGGAUGAGGAAGGAGAGGAAGUAGGUGACGACCCGUCAGAUUCUGAACAUCAAUGUGAGCAAGAGCCCACUGAUGAAAAAGUGUUUGACGAUGAAGACAUCUCAAAGAGGAAGGAAGGGUGUAAGGAUGAAAACCUGUGUCAGAUACAUGACCAGCAUCCAGAUCUCAACUCUGCUGAUAUGGAUAGUAAUUCAAACUCUCAAAAAAGUGAUAAGAGUCACAGCCUUGAUGAAACUGAGAGGGCAAGCUCCACCCUUGAUGAGGAGCUGCAAAGAAUGCUUUUAGAAGAAGCCACAGUACAGAGAACCCCCAGAGGCCCAGGGUCACAGGUGUCUCAGUCUGAAAUAAAAGGAGAGGGGGAUGUGAGAGAGGGCUGUCCAGAAGGAGUCUACAUAGAGACUGCAGAAGCCAUAAAUGAGCUGGGAGAGAAGAUUGAGGCAGCUAAUCAGGAGAACCAUCUUAACAGAGCUCUUGAGCAGACGCCUUCAGAGUCAGUCAAACAGCAUUGUUAAAAAGGAGUCAAUCUCUCAGAUAGCCUCAAGGUCUCUUGCAUCUUAAUCGUUUCCAUUUUAGGUGCUUAAGGCAUGUUUGUUUUCCUUUGUUGAAUUUACUGUUAAAUGAAAAAAUUCUUUCCAAAUUAAAAAAAAAAAAACAGCUUUCAAACUUGUUCUUAACAUAUGCACAACUACAGUUUGAACGUGGAUGUUACAAUUGACUAACAAAUGAAAGUUGUUCAAGAUAAAUGUUUUUAAUGAUUUGGAUGUUCCAUUUAAGGUUUUGAUGUUGUUGCUACAGAAAAUGUACUGCCAUUUGUUACGUUUAGUAAAGCAUCUAAAUAAAAGCACACAUAUAUAUAAAAAAGACAUUUUAUUGCAUACAAAAAAAAAAAAAAUGAAUAUACUGAAU